AUGAGCGCCAACCCGCAGUGGGAUGUCCGCAGGGCGCUGCAGGUGGCCAAGCUCUUCCACCUGGUGUGCGGGCUCCGGGCUGCCUGCGUGACUCCGUUUCUGACUCUCUACUUAGGCCAGCUGGGCUUGACCGCGCCCUGGGUGGGCAUCCUAAUGGGGACCAAGCACCUGGUCGAAGCUUUCUGGGCUCCCUUUUGUGCCUCUCUGGUCAAAAGCUACCAGAAAAGGAGGGCACUUCUGAUGGGCUCGUUGUUGGGCUCCGCGGGGUGCAGCUUGUUGAUGGUCCUGCUCCCGCGAGUGGACAAAGAACCGGAGUUCCGCUACUGUGACGCAAGCAACAACGUGACCGCCACAGUCCCACCACUUGGAGCUGCAUUAACGGGGAAGAGCACCUUGGCCAGAGAAUCAGCUUCCAACCACCCAGCCUUGCUGCCCAGCCUUCCAGCCAAAAGAGGGACUAUGGAAGCUUCUGGAGUCAGAGAAGAACCUGGUCACCAAAGUGUCCAAGAAUCUUUCAGUCGCCUGCCUGGAUACUUUGUGGGUUCUGCUGAAGAAGCCAGGAGCACACCCCAAGUUACCCAUCCUAGCACUUCUGGAGUGAAAGAAGCUCCUUUACAUGGGACUUUCAAAGUGGUCAGUACUGCCACCCCUUUGUUUGCUGGGGAUACAAUUCCCACAAGUGCUGCCAGUCUUACGGCAACCAAAGAAUAUGCCAGGGCUCUCGACCUAUCCAUGGGAAGACUGCAGUGGACUUUUCUCCUCUCCUUGGGCUUCCUGGUGCUCUGGGAGUUGCUGACAAGCCCUCUGGAUCAGGUGGCAGAUGACAGCCUUUAUGAAUACCUGGAUUUUGUGGAUGCCACUGAUGGUUAUCGUGACCUGUGGAUCUGGAGGCUGCUGGGCAUGUCAGUAGGUGUAUGCAGCAUCGCAGUCCUGGUGGGGCAGCUGAAUUGUUUUCUGGGGACUAAUGCCCCUUCCGGUGUGAUGCACUUCUAUGGCUAUGUAUUGGUCAGCGCUCUGGCUUUACUGGUGAGCAUUGCCUUUCCCAUCCCUGUCUUCAGGCAGUGGGAACCCAGCAACAAAACAGUCAAAGCACUGACUCUUAUUGGGGGCAACCCCCACCUUAUUCUCCUUGUCUUCACUGUCAUUCUGAUCGGAGCCACCACCAGCACUGUGCAGAACUUCUUGUUCUGGCACAUGCAGAACUAUGGGAGCAGCGAGCUGGUUAUGGGUUUCUCAGUUGCCCUGGGCUUACUGGGAGAGGUUUUGCUUCACCCCUUGAAGACCACGUUGCUUAGGAAGCUAUCUAGAGUGGGGACAGUGGGCCUGGGGCUGGGCUGCCUAGCAGGACAGCUAUUGUACUACUCACUCAUCUGGAGCUGGUGGUCAGUUCUCCCUGCUCAAAUCUUGAGUGCCAUCAGCAGCGGGGCUCUUUGGUGGGCAUUGGGAGCCUUAAUCAAGGACAUGUCCACUCCCAGAACAGAGAGACCUCUAAGUGCCAUGUUCCAAAGCUACUUUUAUGUGGGUGGGUCCAGCUUGGGCAGUUUUGUGGGAGGCUUUGUGGUGAUGCACUAUGGCCUAGCUGUGCUCUACCAGACCUGUUGUGUAUCCCUGCUGCUAUGGCUGGCUUUGUUCCUUUCCAUCCAGCUUAAAUUGCCCCAAGAGCAGAAAAUCAGCUACUCAAAGCUGUUGGCUGUACAGGCAAAUGACACCAGUGACGCUGAGCAAGAGAUGGAACAGGACUGGCUUGUGAAGGCCAUGAAGGAGGAUCACUCGAACUGGAUCUGA